CCGCGAGAGGCCGUGCAGGCCCUGGACAAAGUGUUCUCGUUGCUCGACCUGAUUACCGAGACACACGGUAUCGACCGGGUGCAGACGAGCGGCGUCUACUACAUCGCGGCCGCGGGCAUCCCCGACGAAGACGACCACCACGCGCAGGCAAUUGCGCGGUUCGCGGUGGAUGCGCGGAAGCGAAUCGACCAUUUGCGCGACACGGACCCGCU